AUAUGCCGCGUCCAAACGAAAAAAAGAAAAAAAGAAAAAGAAAAAGGGUCGUUGACGAACCAAAAAAGAAAAAGAGAGAGAAGAAUAUACUGUAAUCAACAUUUCUUUCCAGUUCCAGUACUCAUUUUGCCGCGAAAUUAUGAGUUUCUUCAAUUGGGCCUUCUUGAUUUUCAUUCUUCCCUUCUUUGGUCCACUACCCACUUGCUCAGCUUCUUCUUUGAGCUCAAAUGAACUCUCGGAAAUCCCCAAAAAUUUCCUCAGUUUUGCCAAAAACCCAGAGGUUUUUGAUUGGAUUGUGAGCAUUAGGAGGAAGAUACAUGAGAAUCCAGAACUGGGUUAUGAGGAAUUCGAGACCAGUAAGCUUAUAACUUCAGAGCUUGAUAAGAUGGGUAUUCCCUACAAACACCCAAUUGCAGUCACUGGUACCAUCGGCUUUAUAGGUUCUGGAAAAUCCCCUUUCGUCGCGAUUCGGGCAGACAUGGAUGCUCUUCCUAUGCAGGAAAUGGUGGAGUGGGAGCACAAGAGUAAAAUUCCAGGAAAGAUGCAUGCUUGUGGGCACGAUGGUCAUGUUGCUAUGCUUCUUGGUGCUGCGAAGAUUCUUCAAGAGCAUCGUGAACUAUUACAGGGUACAGUUGUACUUGUUUUUCAACCAGCAGAGGAAGGAGGUGCAGGGGCAAAGAAAAUGAUCGAUGCUGGAGUACUAGAGAAUGUUGAAGCUAUCUUUGGGCUGCAUGUUGCUCCUGACUUACCUGUAGGUCAAGUGGACUCCAGACCUGGACCUCUUUUGGCUGCAAGUGGCUUUUUCGAAGCAGUGAUUAGUGGAAGAGGAGGUCAUGCAGCGAUUCCUCAGCACUCAAUAGACCCAAUAUUAGCAGCGUCAAAUGUGAUUGUCAGCUUGCAGCAUCUUGUUUCACGAGAAGCUGAUCCACUGGACUCUCAGGUGGUAACAGUCGCAAAAUUCCAAGGAGGUGGUGCAUUCAAUGUUAUUCCAGAUUCUGUUACCAUUGGUGGCACCUUCCGAGCCUUCUCAAAGGAAAGCAUGAUGCAACUUAGGCAGCGAAUUGAGGAGGUAAUAAUAAGGCAAGCCGCUGUACAAAGGUGCAAUGCAAGUGUUAAUUUCCUGGAAAAGGAGAACCCGAUCUUGCCUGCUACCAUAAAUGACAAAGGGUUGCAUAAAUACUUUCGAAAUGUUGCAGGAGAUAUGCUCGGCAUUGCUAAUGUUAAAGACAUGCAACCAUUCAUGGGGUCUGAGGAUUUUUCGUUUUACCAAGAGGUGAUACCCGGUUACUUCUCCUUCCUUGGAAUGAAGAAUGAAACAAAGGGAAAGACUGCAUCACUGCACUCUCCCUACUUCAAAAUCAAUGAAGAAUCACUACCUUAUGGAGCUGCACUUCACGCGUCAUUGGCUGCUAGGUAUUUUCUUGAAUUCCAACCCGAAACUCCUUUGAUGAAUGAGAAACAUCACGAUGAACUUUAAGGUGCUUCUUGAUAACCAAUAUGGACUUGAACUGGUCAUUUUGCCACACCAAUUUCUUGGGGUAUUGUAUUGUGUUUUGGUGAGUGAGAAACAUCAUUAGCCUUUUAAUGGUUUUUGUUGAAUAGAGAGUUCAAAACUUGUUGAAAACAAAUGCUUUAUUUGUUGGUUUUGAGGAUUGGUGUUGGUAUUUGAAGGAAGCAAUCCAAGUGGUUGCAUAGGCAUGACUUGGACUACAUCAGUGGUGACAUGAUAAUGUAACUGUGUAACUGGUUGUAUUAGGUGAUCCUCCUAAAUCAUCCAAAACAACAGAAGUUGACACUAAUGGUUAAUAGAGAAUGGGAAUUAAGAGCCCUAAUUUGAUGGGGCUUUGUCCAUGGAUGAAAAUUUGCAACAUUUUCUCAUUCUGUUAGAAGCAUUUUUCGUUUUGUAUGAGUAAAGAUUAUUUAGCUAUCUAGCUAGGACAACAGAUUUAAUGCUUUAUAGUAAACACAAGGUGGCAUAGUGAUAUUUCCUCUCAUUUCA